GGACCUCCUCCUCCUUAGCAGUACACUCCACCCUCUCGAGUCGACACAGCCCUGUCUGCCACAGCUUCAUCUUGCGAUCCCCAUCACCGCAACCACCUCUCCCUCGCACACACACAAUGGUCGCCGCCCGCUUCGUGCGCCCCGCGGCGCAGCUCCUCCGCACCCAACCCUCCGCAGCUCUCUCCCGAUCCACCUUUCAAAAAUUGUCAGUGCCGGCCGUGUCACGAUGGAGGAACUAUGCGACGGGUCAGAAGGAGAUGACGGUCCGUGAGGCGCUCAAUGAGGCCAUGGUCGAGGAGAUGGAGAAGAACCCAAAAGUUUUCGUCCUUGGUGAGGAGGUUGCACAGUACAACGGCGCAUACAAGGUCACCAAAGGCCUACUAGAUCGCUUCGGCGACAAGCGAGUCAUCGACAGUCCCAUCACCGAGUCUGGAUUCUGCGGUCUCACUGUCGGCGCCGCAUUGGCGGGUCUGCACCCCGUCUGCGAGUUCAUGACCUUCAACUUCGCUAUGCAAGCCAUUGAUCAAAUCAUCAACUCCGCCGCAAAGACACAUUACAUGUCUGGAGGCAUCCAACCCUGCAACAUCACCUUCCGUGGGCCCAACGGUUUCGCCGCCGGUGUGGCUGCUCAGCACUCCCAGGACUACUCGGCGUGGUACGGCUCUAUCCCAGGUCUCAAGGUCGUCGCGCCAUACUCCGCAGAGGACGCCAAGGGUCUGCUCAAAGCUGCCAUUCGCGAUCCUAACCCGGUGUGUGUGCUCGAGAACGAGCUCCUUUACGGUCUCUCCUUCCCCAUGAGCGAAGAGGCGCAAAGCGACGACUUUGUCAUUCCGUUCGGCAAAGCCAAAAUCGAGCGCCCCGGAAAGGAUCUCACCAUCGUCACCCUCUCCCGCUGCGUCGGACAAUCCCUCCAAGCCGCCGAGAUCCUCAAGAGCAAGUACGGAGUCGAAGCAGAAGUCAUCAACCUCCGCAGCAUCAAGCCUCUCGACGUCGAAGCGAUUGUCAAAUCCGUCAAGAAGACCGGCCACAUGAUGGCGGUGGAGUCGGGCUUCCCCAGCUUCGGCGUGGGUGCCGAGAUCAUCGCCCUCACGGCCGAGUACGCUUUCGAUUACCUGGAGGCACCUCCUGUUCGCGUCACGGGCGCGGAGGUCCCGACUCCGUAUGCGCAGAAGUUAGAGGAGAUGGCCUUCCCGACGGAGCAGCUGAUUGCGGAUUAUGCGGCCAAGUUGCUUCGCGUAUAGAGCAGGUCGUCUAGUGGAUAUGGCGUUCUGACCAUGUGGUGUGUCUGUUGCACUGCAGCACGCUGUCUGGUGUGACCUGCCACGUGGUGGCUUGAGAAUGGUCUGGUCUGGCCAGUCGAUAGACACUCUCUCGUGGCCGCCGCGGCGCGAUGGGAAUUUGGGUUCUUACUUCUGUAAUUCUACGUUACACGGCGUGAUUGCGUAUGUGUACCUGCGAGCGUCUGAGCAUAGCAUGGGGAGGAACGGAAAUGCAAUUGGGAAGCGGUGUUGAUCGAU